AUGAAGCAUUUUAAAUAUUCCUCUAAAGAUAUUUAUACUUUUGAAAAUUUGGAUGAUUUGAAGAGAGAACUAAAAUUUGAUAAUAUUGGUUAGGUAAACAUUAAAGAAUAAGAACAAUUAAUAGAAUAUAUUGUAAAUAGAGAAAAAUUUAUGAGAUUAAGUGAUCUCAUUAUUUUUAUUGUAUUUUUUCAUUGAAAAUAGUCAAAUGAUUUUGUAAGAAUUCAUUUUGGUCAACUUUUGAUUUUAGUUUAAUCUUUAGCUAUAAAAGUUUAGAAAAUGGAAGAAAACAUGAUUUAACAUUAUUAUUUAGAUUCUAAUAGAAUUUGGUUACAUUUUAUUGAUUUAGAUUAAAGGCCGUCUAUUAAAUAUAAAUUGUUAGAUUAUGUUAUUAAUUUCACUGGUUAUCAAUGUCCAAAUUAUGAAAAGUUUGAUGAAAGCGUAGACUUAAAAAUCAAAGCAUCUAAAAAAAUACUUUUUAUUAUUAAAUAAAUUAUUUUAAGUUGUUAUCAGAAAAUUAUACUAAAACAGAAUUAAUAUCAAUAAGAUAAGGAAAAUAUUUUAAACUCAAUUUUACAUAAUAUUGAAAAUAAAAACUUAAAUGACUUUAUUAAACAAAUAGAUGAAUUUUUAGAAAAAUAUUAAUAUAAUAAACAAAAAUAAAUCAUUAAUUUAGAUGAAGAUAUUCAUAACAUGAGUGAUGUAAGGUAUGAUAAAUAAAUUCUCUAUUGGCGUGACAUAUAAAAAAUAAUACAUUAGGAAUAUACAACAGAAAAGGAAUAGCAACCAAUUAUAUUAGAAUAUUGCUUAUAUUAAUGCCUCCCUUCUAUUAUUUAAUAACUUAAUAGUACAUAAGAAUAUCAAAGAAUAAAUUAUAAUCCUGAAGUGACUAGAUAAAUGAUUGAAAAUACUUAAUCUUAAAUAAAUAAUAAUAUAUUAAAAUUUAUAAGAGAAUAAGUUUAAUCAGAAAUUGAUAAAUAAAUUUAAUAUUAUUAAUAAUUCUACAAAUUUACCUUUAAAAAAGAUGAAAUAACAAAUAGCUUAACAAAUGUUCUAAAUAAUCAUGUUAUAUUGAAAUAUUUUAAUAAUACUUACACAUACAAUUUUAAGGAUAAUUACAUUAUUAAUUCCGAUAAUUUACAAUAUUAAAACAAUAAUCUAUUUAAAGCAAUGUAAAAAGCAAUUUUAUAAGUUAUAACUCUAUAUGCAGAUGAUUAUUUUGCUAAGGAUAUAAAACUUAAACUUCAUAUUUUAGAAUUAAUAGAUAAUUUGAUUUGA